AUUUUCAAGCUAUGUAAUCCAUUAUGACGUGUAAAGAAAAGCCAUCGAAAAGUAUUUUAAAAGCUGAUCACGAGAAAGCAACUACACUUGGAACAUAUAAUAUUUAUACAAAACGUGCCAGUUUCAAAGAUGAUGUAAUUUUACAACAAUUUAUCCAAGACAAAUGUGAACCAACUACACCUUGUGUCAUUGAAGCUAAACUACCUAUCGCUCCUGAUGUAACCGAAGAAGAAUUAACACCUGAAGAAAUAUCAAGACGUAAAGAAUUCAAACAAAAACGUCGUUUGGUAGACUUAGAAGGUGCUGAUGGAUUAAGUUUGAAAGCUGUUCUAGCACAUCGUGUCUCUUUGCCCGGUGUGGAAGGUGACGAUGAGGUAGAAAUGGAAGCUGAGAAACAUGUAGAAGAAGAAGAAGACCAUGACGAAAUGAAAGCUACUGAUCAACAAUUUGAUCAAACAACUAAGCAAAAUUCCAGUGGAUCUAUCCAUGCAACGAAUAUUGAUGAUUCACUUUCAUUACUGUCCAAAUCGUCCAAACACAAAUCCGAUAUUGAAUGGAAUUUCUCUAAUAUGGAACAUGAAACAAUUAUCGAUAAAUUAUCGAAUAGAAAAUCUGAUCAAUCGGAUAGUAGUUGUGAAACAACAAGUAUUUCAUAUUCAGUUCCUAAUAUUGUGAACAAAUUGUCAACUUCAACGAUUCAAACAGUAGAAGAACAAACACCACCACCACCACUAAUGACAACGAUAAAAAUCAAUAAAGAUAACAGAAAAUAACUUGCUAUUCUUCCAUUAUACCAAUUAUCCUCAAAUGAUUAUUGUAGGUCAUUAUCCAUAUUACAUCACAUCAAUAUUUUUCACAUUGUGUGUCUCUGUUAUUCUCAACAUAAUCUUGACAUGUAAAGUAUGUUAAAAUUUUACUGUUAACAUUAUUUUUUUUCUCUGGAUUUUAGUCGUUUAAUCAAGUAUGUUGAGUCGAGAUGGUUUCCUCUCUCUCUCUCUCUCUCCCUCUAUCUCAUUGUUUCCCUACAAGUUAUCAAGCAUUUUAGUACUUUGAAUAAGAAUACUCUUGUGUGAAGUGCUUGUAUACGGAGAGGAAAAUAUUUUUUCAAUAUUAUAUACAAUGUAUUAUUGCAUUUUUAUACUUAAUUUCUUUUAUCUAUAUAUUUUGUUAUCUUCUGAUAUUGAUGUUAAUCAUAGUUUAUUUGUUUAUUUAAUCAUCUAUGUACUCAUUUAAAUUACUUGCUUACUUACAUACCUGUAUACACCUACAUGUUGUAGUUGUCGGCUAAUGUUUCAUAUAAGAAGAGAUUGUUUGUAUUUGUGUGUAAUGUGAUUUUUCAACAUUAGCAAUAUGUUGCCUAAAGGUGAAGAUAUAUAACGACAAUAGUAAUAAUAAUAAUAAUAGUGAAGUAAUAGUUUAACAACAUUCUUCAAAUCAAUGUCAACUUAUAUGAGAGUAACUAAUGAGUAAAAUAAAGUGAAAAAAACAAACAGUAUCAAGCAUAUGGAUUGAUAUCUUUCAUCAGUUGUUCUUUGAAAAUAUACUUUUGGCAAUGAAAAUAUUCCAUUCUUCCUCGUUCUCUCUCUCUCUCUGUGUGCGUGUGUGUCUUAGUAUAUAUCUAUAUAUAGAGAGAUGUGUGUGUGUGACUGUGAAUAAGGGAAUAUAGUGUUGACAAUGAGAUGUGAAUGUUGUUUUCUUUACAUGAUUGAAUAAUGUUGUUAUUAUUAUUAUUAUUUUAACACCGGAAGUAGCACAGUAAUAUAUGUUUGUCUGUUC